CCGGCUUCCAAUUCAACCUCCAGUUCCUCUCCUAGUGGCUCUGGUCGUGCCCAGUAUCAGCUUCUGCCCCAGAUGGACAAAUUCGAGGGAGUCGAGGCUGUGUCUGACGGCCAGAAUGGCGGCAGCUUCAGCGAGAUUGACAGCAUUGACGUCGAGUGGACGCCCGAGGAGGAGAAGUCCCUGGUUCGCAAGCUCGACAGAACCAUUAUGCCGCUCUUGAUUCUCGGCUUCUUUGCCCUGCAACUUGACCGUGGAAACAUUGGCAAUGCUCUCACGGAUUACUUUUUCCGGGAUGUUGGUAUAACUCAGGCCCAGUUCAACGUUGGACAGCAACUUCUCUCACUCGGCAUCGUGCUUCUCGAAAUCCCGAGCAACAUCAUUCUAUACAGAGUCGGUCCUUCACUCUGGAUCGGAUGCCAGAUUGUAGCAUGGGGGUUCGUUGCCACAUUCCAGGCUUUCCAGAACGGCCUGGCCUCCUUCCUCAUAACCCGACUUCUCUUGGGUCUCUGCGAGGCUGGAUUUAUCCCAGCAGGCCUUUACACCAUCACCCGCUGGUACAAGAACGAGGAGACGAGUAAGAGAUUUUCGUGGUACUUUAUUGGUAGCAUGACGGCGUCUGGGUGCUCUGGCCUACUCGCAUACGGAAUUCUACACAUGAGAGGAGUUGCCGGUCUCGCCGGAUGGCAGUGGAUGUUCCUUAUCGAGGGCAUGUUUACUGUCGUUGUCGGAAUCCUAUUUCUUUCGCUUUUCCCACAGAGCACCGCCAACCCCGUUUCACUCCUGGGGUUACGCAUCUUCACCGAGAGGGAAGCAAAGAUCCUCACAAAGAGGAUCAUGAUCAACGAUCCAUCCAAAAUUAACGUCAAAGUCAACAUUAGUCGACAAGAGUUGAAGAAUGUGUUCACCAAUUGGAAACUCAUUCCCCAUAUUGUCCUUACCAUCUCAUGCAUUGCGCCAGCCGGUACAAUGGGCUCCUAUGCACCGACUCUCGUUAGCUCCUUUGGGUACGAGAGAUUGAAGUCAAAUGCCCUUGUCUCCAUUGGCUACUGGAUUCUCAUGGUCGUUAACAUCGUAUGGGGAACCAUCGCUGAUAAGAUCCGUCUCCGUGGACCAAUGGUCUUCUUCGGCUUGGUGAUCUUCUGGUGCUUCACGCUUGGGAAUAGGCUACUAAUCAACUCGCCCGAUGGAAAGCGAAGACUUGCGGUCCUGAUUUGCGGCCUCUCCUUCGCCCAGAACUGGCACCCUGUCAAUAGUUCGUGGGUGGCGUUAAACUCCGGCUCUCCUGGAGAGCGAUCUCUCACAAUGGCCAUUAUGAUCAUGUCCGCCAACACGGGCGCAAUCAUUGGAAGCCAGUUGUUCCAAGCGAAAGACGGACCUCAUUACCCAAUCGGUUGGAGUGUCAUUCUGGGACUUGUCACCCUAGGCGUGGUUAGCUCUUUCGUGGCGAACUUGCAGUACUUUGUCCUGAACGGUCGCAAGUUUACACGAAAGGGCCUCAAGUACUUCCCUUGAUCCAGUCGUCUUAGAACCGACCCGAGCGCUUCACAAUACCUGCAAGCACAUGAUACCAACUAAAGCAUUUGAUGGCCCAUUCAAACCGGGGAUUGCAUUGGAGUUGGAUUUGGGCGAUUGAGCAGAUCACGCACCUAAACAAGUAAUGAAUGCACAAGUUGCAAAGAAUAACAUAUUAUUAUGAGAGGC